CUUGCAUCAUCAACACUCACUGUCACUGGCAGCGAUCGGCUGGAGAAUACGUAUUAUAUGACACUGUUAUCCGACACAGGCCGCCAAUAGAGAUCGAUUGCCGACGUUAGUUGUCAAACAUUUUGGAGCUGCUGGUGAUAAAGUGGGUGCCAUGCAGAGACGCCACAGCAGCAACACUGAGGGCAUGCCGCCAGAAAGGAACAGGAGUCAAACUCUCGGUUCAGAGAGCAGUCUUGAUGAAGGAGGAGUGUUUGACUGUCUGAAGCCAGACUCUCCUACGUCGCCCCAGCAGCUCUUCUCUGGUCUGGUGGGCGUCUCUGCUGGGAACGUGUCCUCAGCUCCCUUCCAGGCCGCAGGGCUGGUUCUAGGUUCUCCACCGGAUGUCUUCAUCCAGAUGACAUCCUCAUCGAGAGACGAAGGCUCUCACCGGACAGAGAACCCACCAUAUCUCCCUCGGCCUCCUCAGCACCAUCAUCAUCACCAUCAUCAUCAUCACUCCGGGCAGCACCGCUCUUCUCUCCUGCAUGCGGCCACCUCUGCUGAGAGGCACGGGGGCAGAGAUGAUGGAAGUGAUGAUGCCUCUACACCAGCUCCUGCUCUCUCUGAGCUCAAGGCUGUGGUCACUUGGCUUCAGAGAGGAUUUCCUUUUAUCCUCAUUCUUCUUGCUAAAGUCUGCUUUCAGCACAAGCUUGGAAUUGCUGUUUGCAUUGGAAUGAUCAGCACAUUUGCCUUUGCUAAUUCAACACUGAAGCAUCAGGUGGCAUUGCGGGAGGAGAGGUCUGUGUUUACCACUCUCUGGAUUAUGAUCUUUCUCGCUGGCAAUAUUGUGUAUGUGUACUACACGUUCAGUGCAGAGGAACUCCAGAACAGCCUUCUUUUUGCGAAGCCAAACAUCAACAGCUUUGAUUUCUUUGACUUGAUCUGGGCUGUUGGAAUAACAGAUUUUGUGCUGAAAUAUUUCACCAUCGAGCUCAAAUGCCUCAUACUGUUCCUGCCUAAAAUGAUCCUCGCUUUCAAGUCCAGGGGGAAGUUUUAUCUGCUCAUAGAGGAGCUGAGUCAACUCUUCAGAGCUUUGGUUCCCAUCCAGCUGUGGUACAAGUACAUCAUGGGUGAAGAUCCAUCCAGCAGCUACUUCCUGGGGGCAACACUGAUAAUCAUCUACAGCCUUUGUAAGUCAUUUGAUUUGUGUGGAAGAAUAUCUGGCAUUCGGAAAGCAUUUGUCAUUCUCUGUAGCUCACAGAGUUACGGUACGAGAGCCAGUGCUCAGCAGUGCAGUGAGGCCGGGGAUGUAUGCGCAAUCUGCCAGGCUGAGUUUAGAGAGCCAGUCGCACUGCUCUGUCAGCAUGUGUUCUGUGAAGAGUGUUUAUGCCUGUGGUUUGACCGUGAGAGAACGUGUCCGUUGUGUCGGUCAUCGGUGGUCGAAACUCCGCGCAACUGGAAGGAUGGCACAACGUCAGCACACUUUCAAAUCUACUGAUUGGAGAUCCAGCUGAAUAAUGAAGGUUUUCAAGUCCACUUGAAUCAGAUAAAACGUGUACCAUGCGUACAAGUUCCUGUUUGUACUGUUGUUGUAUAAUGGGAGGUGUGACAAUACGUUACGUCGUUGAAUGUCAUGUACUAUUGCAGAGAUAAGUGUUUUUGUCUUCUUAUACAUGCUUUUCAACAUGUAAAACUUAGGUUUUUAAUAUUAUUAUCAUUAAGCAUGAUAAUCAACUGUUUUGCAACACUUUUUUUGUUAUUUAAGUUUAAACUGAAAUAAAUAGUUAAAAAAAAAAAAAGAAAAUUUGCUGAGAAUACUGAAUUUCAAGCCAUACAGGAUGUAGAUGUGAUUGUUUCUUGAUUAGAGCAGAUUUGGAGAAAUCUAGCAUUACAUCAGUUGCUCACCAGUGGAUCCUUUGCAGUGAAUGGGUGCCGUCAGAAUGAGAGUCCAUACAGCUGAUAAAAACAUCACAAUAAUCCACAAGUAAUCCACACCACUCCAGUCUUAUCAGUUAACAUCUUGUGAAGUGAAAAGCUACAUAUUUGUAAGAAACAAAUGUCUUGAUGGAAUUUUUGCUUUAAUCCAUAAUAUUGCUUUCUUCAGUGAAAAAGUUGCCCCAUCUGAAUCAGGAGAGAAAUAUACACAGAUCAAGUACCAUUUACAAACAAAAAUGACUUGGAUUACUGAAUUAUUGUGAUGUUUUUAUCAGCUGUUUGGAGUCUCAUUCUGACGGCACCCUUUCACUGCAGAGGAUCCAUUGGUGAGCAAGUGAUGUACUGCUAAAUAUCUCCAAAUUUGUUCUGAUGAAGAAAUAAACUCAUGUACAUCUUGACUGGCCUGAGGGUAAGUUAAUUUUCAGCAAAUUUUCAUUUUUGGGUCGACUAUUCCUUUAAUCUGACAUAAAAAGACGUAACCAGAUGAGACAAGCCUUGCAGCAAAUUUACUAUGGGUAAGCCCAGUUAACUGUGGUAAAAUCACUAUAAUCGUCUCAUUGGUUUAUCGCUUUUAUAAUAUCAUGCCAUUACAUUAUGUUCUGAUAACAGAGAUAAGGCUUUUGUCUUCUUAUACAUGCUUUUUAACAUGUAAAAUUUAGGUUUUUAAUAUUAUUAUCAUUAAACAUGAUAAUCAACUGUUUUGUAACACUUUUUUGUUAUUUAGAAUAUUAAAACUAAAGAAAUAGUUCACCUAAUAAUGAAAAUUGGCUGAAAAUACUCCACUUCAGGCCAUACAGAAUGUAGAAGUUUGUUUUUUCAUUAAAACAUAUUCAGUCAAUGUAGCAUUACAUCACUUGCUCGCCAAUUGAUUCUCUGCAGUGAAUGGGUGCCGUCAGAAUGAGAGUCCAAACAGCUGAUAAAAACAGCACAAUAAUCCACAAGUAAUCAACACCACUCCAGUCUUAUCAGUUAACAUCUUGCGAAGUGAAAAGCUGCAUAUUUGUAAGAAACAAACGUCCUAAUGAUGGAAUUUUUGCAUUAAUACAAGUCCUCUAUCUAUAAUAUUGCUUUCUCCAGUGAAAAAGUUGUCCCAUCUGAAUCAGGAGAGAAAUGUACACAGAUCAAGCACCACUUAAGCAAAAAUUACUUGGAUUGCUGAAUUAUAGUGAUGGUUUUUAUCAGCUGUUUGGAGUCUCAUUCUGACGGCACCCAUUCACUGCAGAGGAUCCAUUGGUGAGCAAGUGAUGUAAUGCUAAAUUUCUCCAAAUCUGUUCUGAUGAAGAAACAAACUCAUUUAGAUCUUGGAUAGCCUCGGGGUGAGUGCAUUUUUAGCAAAUUUUCAUUUUUGGGUAACCUAUUCCUUUAAUCUGAUGUAAAAAGACGUAACCAGAUGAGACAAGCUUUACGGCAAAUUUGCUAUGGGUAAGCUCAGUUAAUCACCAUAAUUGUCUCAUUGGUUUAUUGCUUUUAUAAAAUCAUGACAACAGUAAUAUGUUUAAAACACUGAUGCUGAAUAAACAAUUACAUUAAUAAUACAAAAUAAGUAGUUUUUUAAUCCCAUUUGUUUCAUAAUGACAUUUAAAAGACUUCUCUGUGUAUAUAUUUAAAGCCUUUUUA